AUGGCCACCGCUGUCAGCUUAACUGCCCCCAAUGGGCACAAAUACGAGCAGCCUAUUGGUUUAUUUAUAAACAACGAGUUUGUUGCAUCCAAGUCUGGCGAGAAAUUUGCCACCGUCAAUCCCAGUGAUGAAGAGGAAAUCACCCAAGUUUAUGCUGCUGGAGAAGAGGACAUCGAUAUCGCAGUCAAGGCAGCAAGAAAGGCCCUCAAAGAUCCCUCAUGGAAGCUUCUUACCGCAACAGACCGAGGCAAUCUGAUGCUCAAAUUGGCGGACCUCAUUGACCAGAACAAGGAAACCUUGGCCGUCAUUGAAACAUGGGACAACGGCAAGCCGUACCAGGUUUCCCUAAACGAUGACCUCUCGGAGGUCGUUAACACAAUUCGCUAUUGUGCCGGAUGGGCCGAUAAGAUCCACGGGCAGACCAUUAGCACAACACCGGCCAAGUUUGCAUACACCCUACGUCAACCUAUUGGCGUUGUUGGCCAAAUUAUCCCAUGGAAUUUCCCCCUAGCUAUGGCUGCAUGGAAGCUGGGUCCUGCGUUGGCCUGCGGCAACACCGUUGUUCUAAAGCCUGCAGAGCAGACUCCGCUUAGCAUCUUGUACCUUGCCAAAUUCAUUAAGGAAGCCGGUUUUCCACCAGGUGUCGUCAACAUUGUUAAUGGCCUUGGUCGUGUGGCAGGAUCUGCAUUGGUUACCCAUCCAGGCGUGGAUAAGGUUGCCUUUACUGGCUCGACCAUGACUGGUAAGGAAAUCAUGAAGAUGGCUGCAGGAACCAUGAAGAAUGUGACUUUGGAAACUGGCGGCAAGUCACCUCUGCUUGUUUUUGACGAUGCAGACCUCGAGCAGGCGGCCAAGUGGGCACAUAUCGGUAUCAUGUACAACCAAGGACAGGUCUGCACGGCUACGUCGCGUAUUCUUGUUCACGAAAAGGUUCACGAUGAAUUUAUCAGACUUUUCCGCGAGGCCGUGGCGACUACCAGCAAGGUUGGAGACCCAUUCUCAGAUGACACGUUCCAGGGCCCCCAGGUUACCAAAGCCCAAUACGAGCGUGUUCUUUCUUACAUCGAGAGCGGCAAGCAGGAGGGCGCCACCCUGGUCGACGGCGGUGUCCCAUACAAGAACGUCAAGGACGGCAAGGGUUUCUUUAUUGCGCCCACAAUCUUCACAAACGUCAAGGACAACAUGCGCAUUUACCGCGAGGAAGUGUUCGGACCGUUCGUCGCCAUUGCCAGAUUCUCAACUGAAGAGGAAGCCAUCGACAGAGCCAACGACACAACCUAUGGACUGGGAGCAGCCGUCUUCACGAAGGACAUUGAGCGAGCCCACCGUGUUGCAUCUGAAAUUGAGGCUGGAAUGGUGUGGAUCAACAGCAGCAACGACAGCGACUUCCGCGUGCCCUUUGGUGGUGUCAAGCAAAGCGGUAUAGGGCGCGAACUCGGCGAAGCUGGCUUAGAGGCGUACACCCAAAUCAAGGCUGUGCACGUCAAUAUGGGAACCAAGCUGUAA